AAAGGCGCUGAAAGCGGGAUGAGAGAUCACUUGAGAUUGAACGGCCCGGCUGGGCGGAGACGAAUGCUGUUUCUCUCUUGGCUGUCUUUGUUCUGCCCGGUGCUCUCGGUGCUCUCGGAGCAGAUCCUCUAUACUAUUCCGGAGGAGCUGCCCAGGGGGUCGCUUGUGGGGAACCUCGCCAAAGAUCUGGGGCUUGGCUUGCAAGAUUUGCCGGCUCGAAACCUGCGAGUUAGUGCACAGAGGAAAUUCUUUACAGUGAGUACUGAGAAUGGGGACUUACUUGUUAGUGACCGCAUAGACCGAGAGCAAAUUUGUGGCGAGAAGUCAACAUGUGUUCUAGAAUUCGAAUUGGUCGCCGAAAAGCCUUUGAACUUUUUUCAUAUAAGUGUGGUAAUUCAGGAUGUCAAUGACAACCCACCGAUGUUUAGCCAAAAUAUCACCGAAUUGGAAAUCAGUGAACUAGCUGUAACUGGAGCCACCUUUGCCCUGGAACCCGCGCAAGAUUCAGAUGUAGGUGUCAAUUCCCUUCAGCAGUACUACCUCAGUCACAACCCACACUUCUCUUUGAUCCAGAAGGAGAACCCAGAUGGUAGUAGGUACCCAGAACUGGUAGUGAAGACUCCCCUGGACAGGGAAGAGCAGUCCUGCCACCACCUGGUCCUCACGGCUGUGGAUGGGGGUGACCCAGCCAGAAGCUGCACUACCCAGAUUGAGGUGGUUGUGGCAGAUGCAAAUGAUAACGCACCGGUGUUCACCCAGGACAUGUAUAAGGUCAGUGUUCCUGAGAACCUGCCUGUGGGCUCCUCUGUACUAAGAGUGACGGCCACUGACUUGGAUGAAGGGGUCAAUGCUGAGAUCACCUACACUUUCAUCAACAUUGGUAAGGCAGUAAGACAGCUGUUCAAACUGGACAGUACAACAGGAGAACUCACCACUGGUGGAGUACUGGACUUUGAAGAGAGACAGAGCUACACAAUUGGGGUGGAAGCAAAGGAUGGUGGACGUCACACAGCACACUGUAAAGUACAAAUAGAUAUUUUGGAUGAAAACGAUAAUGCUCCAGAGAUAACCCUGGAUUCUGAAUCUAAACAUAUUCUAGAGGAUGUUAAGUUGGGGACUGUUGUUGCCCUGAUCAAAACAUAUGACCUUGAUUCUGGACUUAAUGGGGAAGUUUUCUGCCAACUAAAAGGACAGUUCCCAUUUAAAAUAGUUCAAGAUACAAAAAACACAUACAAGUUGGUCACAGAUGGAGCCCUAGAUCGAGAGCAGACUCCAGAAUACAACAUUACCAUCACAGUCACCGACAGGGGAAGGCCGCCCCUCUCCUCCAACAGAAGCGUCACCUUGAACAUUGCAGAUGUCAACGACAAUGCUCCUGUUUUCCACCAG